GCUCAUCAAAUAUACAAAAGGGUUUGGAAUUUACAACAAAGAUGAACUCCAGAAACCUAUUUAAUAAUAUGGCAUCAAAUAAUAACUCUACUACACCUGAAUCAUACAUUGAUAAAUGCACAAGAAAAAUAGGUGCAAUCCAAAACUACAGUGAAAAGCUUUGUAGCAGUUUCACAUGAUAUUAUGGAGGGUGCCAACAUCAUAAGAAGAUAAUCAAUUAACAUAUAUUAGUUUAGUUACUUAAAAAAGAAACAAUAUUUACUUAUCACCAUCACCAUUAACACCAACCCCACAUGAUUAAGAGAGACAUUUCAAUCUCAAGACAUGUUUUGGUCUGAUAAUCAUUUUUACAGUAUGUUUGGAUGGAGUGUGGUGAGGUUUCUUUAAAGUAAAGGUAAACUAGGUGAGGUUUUAAAAUUGGUGGGUUGAAACUGUAUGGGACUGUAACACUUGAUAUAAAUUUUUCUCCGUUUCCAAACAAAAUUGGCAAGGUAAAAGGUCAGGUCUUAUUCUCUUCUUUGCGAAUUUUGAAGAAGAUAAAAGAAAACGCUUACAUCUCAGAGGGCCAAGAGGACCUCGUUCUCGUAGCAAGCAAUCUCGAAGUGGAUACGUUAGCCCCUUUUGCCCUAUCGGCUGCUGCAGCACUUUCGACAUAUCUAAUCGCUGUCUGUCUUCUUUUGGUUUGUUGGUGGACUCUCCGGUGUUCUCUUCUUUAACUUCUCUGCGCUGCGGCAACGGCCUCCGGGCACCGCCACAUCGGACAGUCUUCCGCAUUGAGGACUUUUUCCCCCUAGUUUAAUGGCUUUAGGAUUGGGUCAUUUUCUAUUAGGCCCAACCCAUUCCAACCUUAAAUGCCCAAAGCCCAUCCUAAUUUGCUCGUCCGACAUAAAUUUAAGGGUUGAUGUUUCAUUCAACGGCUGCUCGGCUACGUCGGACAAUUUGUUCUCUCUCUCUACAGGAACAGGCGAGGGAAGGAAGCAAAAAAUGCCAUCUCCUAAACGUGAGAGCGAAGGAGCUCUACCUUCAAAGGAAGACGAGUCCAGCGAUAAUAAUAACAGCAACGAUUACUACGAUAUCUAUGGACCACAAGCAAAAGCAGAAGUAGUUUUCAAGACGCCAGAAGCUAACUCAACCCUUAAUUUGGAAGACGUCCAAGGGCUUGUCACCUGGGUGCUUGGUGAAGGAUUUAUGCCAUCAUGGGUAUUUAUUAAGAACAAGCCUUUAAUUCCAAAAGUGGCUUUGCUUUUCAUACCUGGCCUGGAUGCAGCGUUAUACAUAUCACAGUCUAAGUUACUUCAUAGUUUUAAAGAAUUCUGUGGCAAUCCAAUGGCACUUUUAGCACUUAGCUGUGUAUCAGAUGGUAUGCAGACAAUUGAUGCACUUUUAACAUGCAAGACAAAAAGAAAGAGAGAUGGAGUUGAUUCAGUUUUGAGGAAAUCUAUCAAGAUAUCUGAACAAGAAGCAAAAGAUUCUGGUACAGGGGAUUUAUCAUCAGGGGUAUUCAUGAAAGAUCUACCUUUCCCAUUAAUGUAUUACACACUUACAGCUAGACAAUUGGAAGAAAAUGGAUAUUGUAUCAAUCAACCAGGUUUUCUUUCCACACUUCCUGCACCUUCAGGUUCUUCUCCCUAUGAUAUGCUGGCACUGGAUUGUGAAAUGUGUAUCACAAAUGAGGGCUUUGAGCUGACAAGAAUAACCAUGGUGGAUAUCAAAGGACAGGUGGUCUUGGAUAAAUUGGUUAAACCAUCAAAUGUUAUUGUUGACUAUAAUACCAGGUUUAGUGGAAUUACUCGUGAGAUGCUGAAAGAUGUAACUACAAGUCUUAAAGAUGUUCAGGAAGAUUUUUUAAAGCUGGUCUACAAAGAGACCAUCUUGGUUGGCCAUUCCCUGGAGAAUGAUUUGUUAGCUCUGAAGAUCUCUCAUGGUUUGGUGAUUGAUACUGCAUUAUUAUACAAGCAUCCCCGAGGUGGUUCAUAUAAAACUGCUCUUCGAAUUCUUGCCAAGAAAUUUCUUUCUAGAGAUAUACAGCAGUCAGGUACUGGACAUGACAGUAUUGAAGAUGCAAGAGCAGCUAUGGAACUGGCAUUGUUAAAGAUAAAACAUGGACCCGAUUUUGGUUCUCCACCAUCAUUUAUACGGACAAAACUUCUUACAGUUUUGAGUGAAUGUGGUAAAGAUUCCUCUGUCAUUGAUGAUGUCUCCAUAGUGAAGCGGUAUGCUUCUGCAUCAUCCCAUGCAUUUCCUGUGAAUUCUGAUGAUGAAGCACUUUCAAGAGCCAUUAAGGAGGUGAAGAAUGAUCGAGUACACUUUAUCUGGACCCAAUUUUCAGAGUUGAAUUCCUAUUUCAAGAAGCAAGCAGAGGAUGAAGGGAAAUUAAAUGCAAAACUUGCAGAGAUGAUAUCAUUGCUUACGUGUCAAAAGAAGCCUGCCAACAAGAAAGACAUCAAAUGCAGUAUAACAUCUGAUCUAAAGGAAAUUCUAACUAGCUUGGAUGCUAGGGUUCGUUCUCUGUAUUCUUCAUUACCAACCAAUUCAAUGCUCAUAAUUUGCACUGGACAUGGGGAUACAGCAAUUGUCCGAAGAUUGAGGAAAAUGCUCACAGAGAAGAAAGAAACCACCAUAUGCCGGGAGAAGAUUGUGAAACUACUGGAAGAGCUUCAGGCCCAAGCUGAAGUAGCUUUGUGUUUUGUAGGAGUGAAAAACUGAAUUUUGCUAUAUAAUAGAGAAUGUCUUUUGUGUUGAUUUUUUACUGAUGUUACCAAAAUUUUGGUGUAAACAAUCAUUCAUUGAAUGGUAACGAUAUAUGUUGUAAAUUAAGGUUAAAAUGAAACGAAGUGCUGCCUGAAA